ACAAGUCAUUUUACUGCUGUUGUUAUCAAUUUAUUUUCUUUAAUCAUCAUGAGCGACUCUACUAAAAGCAAGUCUACUAAGCCUAAGGCUCCUCCUAGCCAUCCCAAAUACAGCGAGAUGGUUGCCAGCGCUAUCAAAUCCCUGAAUCAAAAAGGUGGUUCGUCUAAAGCUGCUAUCAUGAAGUACAUUACCGCCAAUUACAAAGUUGGAAACAAUACUCCCCGGGUCAACGGUAACGUCAAACUUACUCUGAGACAAGGUGUCCUGAAGCACAUUCUUGCCCAAACAAAAGGUGUUGGUGCCACCGGUUCUUUCAAACUCCGCAAGACUGCAGCCAAAGGCGAGAAGAAACAGAAGAAGGUGAAGAGGCCCGCCAAGGUCGGCAAAAAACCUGUUACUAAGAAGAACAAAUCUGCGAAACCUAAGAAACUAGCACCAAAGUCUGCCAAAUCUCCUAAAUCCGCUAAAUCCAGGGUAGUUAAACCCCAAAAGGUUGCCGCCAAGAAGUCAGCGAAGAAAGUGACGAAGAAGAAAGCUGUUAAGAAACCAACUACAAAGAAAGCUACCAAAAAGUAAAUUAUUAAUUUUGAAAAGCUUUCAAAGGGCCCUUUUUAGGGCCACCAACAGGUUUCGAUUGUGUAUGAAUCGACUUCAAUACGCGAUUUUGUGUGGGUUCGUUUUUUAGAUCCUUCUUCCGUAAUGUCUUGGAUAAUCGUUAGCUAUAACGGUUUUGUGGAGAAAUGGCGGCAAGGGCCAUUGAAACUUUUCGUUGGUCAUCCCUAAGGUUUGCAAGAUUUUUUUGUUUAGUACCUUGUAUUUGAGUUUGGAAGGCUAGAUGAAAGAAGUCCCCAAUUUAGUUUUACUCUUAUAAUAUGAAAAUCGAUAGUUUCAUGACUGAAUACAUAUGCGAUGGCUAUGAGCAAGUUAUGGCGCUAGGACUGAAAAAAGAUUAGAUUUUAUCAACAUAAUCGCUAUCUAUACGCUGGAAAACGUAUUUUUGCUAAAUUCUAUUUAAGGCCUUGGCAAUAACUGCAUUUAGAUGCAUCAGUAUGUUUGCCGCUUAAUUUGAAACGUUUUCCAUGUAGAUUUUUUUAAAAAUUGCAAGGAGUUUCGAACCGUCUUUUUAUUACCAUUUUCCGUAAAUUUAGCACUUCCUUGUUUUUUGGAGAUCUUUGUAAGAUAACUGUUCGAUUAUUUUCAUAAUUUGCAUGUGCAAUAAGUUACUGAAUGGGUGAGAGGGUAGGGAUUUAUUUUUUCUAAGUUGUUAAUGGUUCAAUAAAUUCAUACAACCCCGAUCGGUGGGUAACAUUCCUUCAUUUUUUAUACACUUGACGUAUUCGCAAGGUGCCAGUGUUGUUUACAUGAUUGAAUACUUGUGCACAAAAGGAAAAAUUCAUCAACGCCUUCGAAAUAUUUGCUAUUUUAUUUAAAAACUGCUUUAUUAAAAGCCUGUUAACCUGCCACUGGGUCUGCUAGAAACAGCAGCACAACUUCCUUCA